AUGGGCAUAAGGAGCCAGAUGAAUGACACUGCAGUUUGCAAGUUAUAAGGGGCAAAGACCCAGACCAGCAGUAAAUAUCUGCUAUCAAAUCUUAACUGCAAUACUGUUGAGACAGCAUCUAAAAGUAGUGGAAGUUGUACAAGUUUGCAUAGAGGAAAUGAAUAUGGAAAAUAAUAAGAUGCUGACACUUCUCAAUAAAUUAACAUUAACUAAAUCAAGUAAAUCCAUAGAUAGAGCUUCUACUAGAACUUAAAGCAACAGUCUUAGAACUAAUCAUCUUUUACAAAUAUUAAUUUUCUACAUGCUUAACCUCUCCUUGAAUCUCAAAAUAAUGACAAUGAAGUUUUAUAUGAACAUGAAACUCCAAAAUAUCAACAAUAGAUAGCAUAGGGUGAAUAGAUUGAAAAACUUAAGCAAAAUCUAUUCAAUGAAAUCAACAGACAGAUAGUUUAUCAUCAAAAUGAAAAUAGAUGUAGCUUUAACGGUGGUAGUAUAGGCUAAAUACAUAAAAUUAACAAUAGAAACUUGCAUUCCUUAAAUGGAAAUAGCAGUUCAGGCAAUAGAUAAAUUAAAAAGGGCUGUGGUCGAUAGAAACUUUCAGUUUAUGAGAGAUAGUUACUUUGGGAUUAAUCCCGUAAAAAUAAAAUUUAAUAACUGAGGGAAACAAUCAAUAUGAGUGAAGUCUAAGAUUGCACUUUCAAGCCUCAACUUAUUUCUCAUAUUGUAUCUAGAUAAACUGAAAAUGAUGAGGUUGAUUAUUCUAACCAAUAAAAUGCAAUAUAAUCUAUAACUUUUAACAGCAAUAAUGCUUAUGAUCAAUUCAAUCAUCAGGCUAUCUCUAAUCAAGAUUUGAAUAGAAGUGGCAUUUAAAGCAAUCAAAAGACAAGCAAGCGAUCAAUUACAAGAUGUAAAUCCUCAUAGAAAGAUAGCUCUGUGAUUGAGGAGCAAUAGUUAAGAUUUAUAGAAAAGCAUAUAAAUAGAUUGUCACUAGCUAAAUUAUAGAAGGAAAUGUAUUAUUAAUAGAUAGACUAAUAGCCUGGCUCUGGUGUACAUUGGAAGAACAAAUUAACUUAGCCUUCAGCUCCAAAUAUAACAGGACUUUCCAAUAACAAUAGUAGAAGAUAGUCUAAACUGUCAUUGUUCAUGAACUAAGAAAGUGCAACUAUCUAGCCUAGAAUUGAUAGCUAAGAUAAAGAAAACAUAGUCGAUAAUUAUAGUACUUUAAAUAGAAAACUUCAAAGUACUUCCUAAAAACGGAUCAAAUCAUUGAAGAGAGCGAUUUCUCCAUAGAACAGCUCUUAUUAAAGUGCAUAGAAAAGGCAUAAUCAUUACCCUAAUACUUCAAUAGUUGAUAAAGUGCUAGCUGGAAGCAAUUAAAAAUUAAAGUUUUACCAAGACAAGGUUCAAAAUAAUGCUGAAACUAUAGUCGAUGAGCUAGAAAAAGCUGGAGUUUAUCAUAGGUCAAUAAGUACUUUAUCUCAGAGUAAAUAAACUUAAGGUAGCGUGGUUUAAAUACUUAAUAAUAAUGGAGAAAGUUUUGUAAAUCAAUAUGAGAGUAAUUUGGGUUAAGGAACAUUAACUCCAAAGCCAAUUUAACCUAUUUACAAUUCUUAGUCUAGUUGUUGCUAUACUAAACAGUAUAUGCAAAUACAGAGUCAGCAAAAAGAGCUCGAAGAUAGAAUGAAGAGAUUCAAAUAAAAAAUAUCACACAAGUAGGAAGAGGUUGUAAACUCAAAAAUCAUUGGCAUUAUACAUUAGCAUAUACAGUCUUUAGAUAUUUGA